AUGCAUCUGACCCCGAUUUUACAUCUAUCUAUCUAUCUAUCUAUCUAUCUAUCUAUCUAUCUAUCUAUCUAUCUAUCUCCCGAUUUUUACAUAUCUAUUUUUGAUCCCGAUUUUUACAUAUUUAUCUAUGUAUGGUCCCAAUUUAUACUUAUCUAUCUAUCUAUCUAUCUGAUCCCUAUUUUACAGAUGUAUGUUCUAAUCGCGAUUUUACAUCUAUCUAUCUAUCUCCCGAUUUUUACAUAUUUAUCUAUUUUUUAUCCCGAUUUUAACAUAUAUAUCUCCAUCGUCCCUAUUUUUACAUAUCUAUCUAUCUCUCUAUCUAUCUCUCUAUCUAUCUAUGAUUGCGAAUUUUACAUAUCUAUCUAUCUAAAUAUAUAUAUAUAUAUAUAUUCAUUAUCUAUCUAUCUAAAGUCAUUACUUAGAGGAUACAAAAUCGAAAAGGUAUUUCAUUUCAUUGAAACAGACAUUAAAUACUUAAAAACGGUAUUGCCUCCUUUACGUUCUCUUUCAUUUUUCUUCCUUGUAUAUUUUCAUUCAUUUAUUCAUUCAUUCAUUCUUUUUCUGACUCUUUCUCAACUAUCUACCUAUCCAUCUAUCUCAUUUUUGUUCAUAUCUAUCUAUCUAUCUAUCUAUCUAUCUAUCUAUCUAUCUAUCUAUCUAUCUAUCUAA